AUGGCCCCGUCCAAACCCACGCCGAGAGCAAAGGGCGACCUGCUCCGCUUCACGGGCCACGCCAACCUGCGGCAGCGCCUGCUCCUCUCCAUCCUCUCCGGGAGGAGUAUCCGCGUCGACGCCAUCCGGUCCGACGACGUGCACGUCGGUCUGCGCGAGUACGAGAUCAACCUGCUGCGCCUGCUCGAGAAGGUCACGAAUGGAUCGACCAUCGAGAUCAAUGUCACGGGUACCUCGUUCGUGUUCCACCCCGGCCUCCUCCCCGGCGGGACGUACACGCACACGUGCCACCUCGGCCGCUCUCUGGGCUAUUACCUGGAGGUCUUAAUCCCUCUGGGCCCCUUCGGCAAGUCCCCCCUCACCGUAACGUUGAACGGCAUCACCUCGUCGUCCCAAGACCUCUCCGUCGACCUGCUGCGAACCGUCACUCUGCCCACUCUGUCCCUCUUCGGCGUAACCGAGACAGAGCUGAACAUCAAGCGCCGCGGCGCCGCGCCCCUGGGUGGCGGGCAGGUGGUUCUCAAGAUCACGCCGGUGAGGGCCCUCAAGACCGUUCAGUUCGCCGAUCCGGGCAAGAUCAGGAAGAUCAGAGGUAUCGCCCAGUCCACGCGCGUCAGUCCGCAAUUCGCAAACCGUAUGGUCGAGUCUGCCCGAUCCCUGUUGAAUCGCUAUAUCCCCGACAUCCACAUCUACACGGACGUGUACCGCGGCGACGAGGCGGGCAAGAGUCCCGGAUACGGGCUCGCGCUCGUCGCGCAGAGCACGACGGACGCGCUGCAUUCUGCCGAGGCCCUGUCAAGCGUGCCCGGGAAGAAUGACGGGGUGACCCAGACGCCGGAGGAUAUUGGCCUGCAUGCUGCCCGGCUGCUGCUCGAGAGCGUGAGUCAGGGCGGGUGCGUGGAUAGGAGCCAGCAGAGCCUCGUCCUGCUGCUCAUGGUGCUCGGUAAGGAGGACGUUGGAAGGGUUCUGCUGGGCGACCUCAGCGCGCAUGCCGUUCAGUUCUUGAGGGAUUGCCUGCUCUUCUUUGGCGUCAAGUUCAAGAUCACCCCGUUCCGCUCAGAAGAGGAGGGAGAGAAGGGAGAUGGUGAGGCGGGACAUAAGGGCACUGGGCCUGUUGUCGCCUCGUGUGUCGGUGUCGGGUACUCCAACGUCAACAAGGCCAUGGCUUAG